AUGCACUAUCAGUACUGGAUAUAUCAUGAAGUUAAGGAAAUGUUCAAAAAUGAAUCAGAUUAUGAGCAUGUGUAUGCUAUAGUAAAGAAAUUUUCUGACAUAGAGAAAGAAAUUAAUGUAAAAUCUAAAAACUAUGGUUGUCGUUAUUAUUUCCAUCAUAAAGACAUUAAAGAAUUAAAAGAUAAAAUGGAAGAGAAAUAUUUGUAUGAUUAUUUUAAAAACCAUGCGAGUAUUAAGACAAAAAAGACAUGUGAACACGUUACGUUAAAUAAAUAUAAAGAAUAUCUGAAUUCUAUUAAAAAUUUAUUUACAAAACACACGCAAGACGAUUGUUGUUUCUAUAGAGACUGUCAUAGCUAUAUUAAUUGUGAUGAUAUGUAUAACCCUGAUAAAUUAAUAUCUAAAUUGACAUCUAAUAAUAACGAAUCAUGCGAAAAUUUAGAAAAGGAAGAUGCUUCUUUGAAAUCUGGAAAUGAAGCUGCUUCCGGUAGCUCCAAUGAAAAUGAUAAAAUCCCAUUUUAUUUUAUGAAGUGUAAAUUUGAGGAAAAGGGUGUAUAUACAGGGUGUGCUCUCGUUGAAACCCACCUUGAAGAUACUGGUAAGUCAGCUAGCAGUGGAACAAGUGGGAAAAAUCCCAAUUCGGAGAAUUCUGCAGAAGGAAAGGACACAACUUCCCCUGAAAAAGAAGACUUAAGAUGGAAAUUGGGUACAAGAAGAGUACCUCAUAAAUCUAAUACCGGAGAAGAAAAUGCUUAUGAUGUUAUCGAAUACAGCGAUGAAUUACAUGAAAAUAAGAUAACUAUAAGGAGGAAGGAUUUUGGUACUUACAAACUACAGACUGGAAAAUCGGAAUCUUAUGAAGCGUUUUUAGAAAAUAUUGAAAAAUUAAAUUUUAAAACUGAUGAUGGUAAUCCUGAAGGUAUUCCAAACGGUGUAACAUUUCUUGGGAAAACUAUAAAAGAGCUUGAUAAAAAUAAUAUAUUCAAUAUGUUAAACAAUAGUUAUGUUCGCUUUGGCAUGUCAAGUGCUUUAGGCUUGGGAAUAUUCAUUCUUUUAUUCGUUUAUUUUAAGGUAAAAAGGAAUUCUAUUUUAUGA